AUGAAGGAGACCAAGAAGGAUGAGAAAAAUUCUGAGGUGAAAACCUCAUUUGUAAGGAGGCUCUCGAGUAACAUAUGUACUAAAUCUUGCGAAUUAACCAAGUUUUUUGAACUUUUUGAAUCAUACGCGAAAAACCUAAGUUUGGUAAGAUUGUUUUCAGAAAAGCUGAGAAUUUCCCCCGGGAUUGUUCUUUUGGGGCUGAUGUUACUAAUUUUUAUGUUUUUGGUCAGCAAGUUAGGCGGAUCACUAAUCUGCGAUGCAGUUGGGUUUUUGUACCCUUCAUACAAAUCCUAUAAGGUUCUAAAGAGUUGUGAGCAAAAGGGAACAACUACUAGAUCUAACCCAACUAAGCAAUAUGAAACAGCAAGAUCUGUUAACGAAUCAGAAGAAAAAGAAGCCGAAGUAUCAAAUUCGGUUAAAAAACAGGUUCCAAAUAAUGUAGCAGAAGAAACGAAAAAAGAUCUCGUAUAUUGGAAUAAAUACUGGAUAGUCUUCUCGCUUGGAUUUAUUUUCAACUACGUUGCGAAUAUUUUCCUUUACUGGCUUCCCUUUUAUUACGUCCUUAAACUCGUUUUCAUAGUCGUACUCCUUCACCCAAAACUACAAGGCGCUGAAUUGAUUUACAACUUCUUGAUAGCUCCACUUUUGGACAGGUAUGAAUCUACCAUUGACAAUACGCUUGCUACACUUGAGACCACUGCAGACCAGCUCUUUAUAAAGUACGGGGUUGCCAAACUUUCAGAUAAGCUCAAUGAUUACGCAAAUAAACACACUACUAUGUAG